CAACGAGACGACCUUAAGCACUCUCUGGAUUCAGUAAAGCAUAAAGUGCGUCGACUGAAAGAGGAAAACAAUCAACUGUUGGAUAUAAUGAUGGAUAUGAAUCCUCAGCUUGCUGAUGAUUUAUCAAAUAGCAGUACUGACGAAGAGAUGCUCUCUGGCAUGUCAACUGAUGAUGAAUCUAUGCGGACGGUAUUGACCAAGUAUGGAUCACAGUCGAAAACGAUAAGUCGAUCAAAUGUAAAGACAGGUGCAUUAACGACAAAAAGACGACGCACUUCACCACAAGCCAACAUGAAACACCCAGGCAAACGAAAGGUAGAUGAUGAGUCAAUCCCAGAUGAGCCGCAGCAAAAAAGACGUCGUUCGAGGGCACCUGGAGUGAAAAAGAAGAGAGAUGAUCGCACAGAUGCAAAGAGAGUCGAGCCAUUGCCGAUGAACCCGGACGGUACUCUUAGGUUACCUGUCACUAUUGGAAAGGGUACUAAUGAAGUAACAAUCUACAAGAUUG